UCCUGUCCACCCUGAGAAACUGACCAAGUGGAUGAAAGGCUUAAAUAUUGUUGGUAAUAACUUAGGCAAAAGCACUCAAAGAUACUACUUUGUCACAAAAUGUGGGCCUUCUUGGUGCUCACUCUCACCCUCACUGUUAGGGCAUCAGACACUAACAGUAACUCAACAGCUGAAGAAAAGUUUGUCGUAGCCAGAGGCAAACUGCUGGUGAGUACAGAUUAAAAUUCACCCAACAUGGACAACUUAGGAUUUUAUCUGCAUUUCUUGUCAUGACCAUAAAAUGUUCAGGAUUUUUGUGAUAUCGGUGCAGAGACAGGAGAAGUGAAAUUAAACAUUGACAUAACAACAGGACAGGGGAAACAGUAACAGCAUUUAAGCAGCAAAUGGGGAAACGAGUGAGAUGAGGCAUAAGCCAUGUGCUGUCAUGUCAGUGUGUAUUCUGCAGAGAUACGAAACCUAUUUCUAGCACCUUUGAUCACACAUAGAAUGAAGCGUGCACAAUGCUAUUUGUCAUGCUGUUUUAACAUCUGUCUGCUGUCGUCCCUGCAGGCUCCCAGUGUGGUCGGAUGAGGCAUAAAGAAAAUGCCCGAGCUCCAUCAUUUUCUCAUGGAGCGAUGGGCUUUGUACCACAACUUGGAAUAUGAUUCAUCGGAGGAGAAGAAUCCCCGCCUGAUAUUCUAUAACGAAAAGGACGAGGUUGUGAAGACUGUUCCCGUGAAGAAAAUGAAGGCAGACGAGAUCAGCAGCCUGUUAGACUCACUGGGUUUCUACAAGAGGUCCCAGAAAGGGGAAGAGGUGCCAGAGGAGUUUCAGCAUUUCCCCCUGCGUGCCCCCAGGGACGAGCUGUGACGACACCUUGUGGCCAAACUCUGCCGCUGCACCCUGGUCGCAUUAAUGACGUGUGGUGCUCCAAGGCCAAAACGAUAAGCCAGGCACCACUCUGAGGACUUGCUGGCCGGGUGCCAUGUGCAGGGUGUUAGUCAAUGCUGUGUCAUUCUGGUAAUAAGUUGAAUUGAAAUUUAAAAAAUGGAU